AUGCGGCUUGUUCUCGGCAUCGCGCUUCUCGUCUCAGGUGUUCUUUUUUUUAAUUUUAUGGUUUGAUUAAGUGGUGUUAACCAUUAACUUUUAUGAGCAAACAUGGGCAACUUCUAUACCGAUAAGCUUCGGAGGAGACGAUAAACUGCGAAAAUUUUGAAUUCAUAGGACGGUAGAAAAUCUAAAAAGCUCUGUCCGCUUUGCGAAAAAAAAAACUGAAAUGAAAAUUUUGAAUAAUUGUUAAUUUAUUUUUUUUGAAUAGCUAACAAGAGGAAAAGAUAUGAGAAACUACUUCGAAACAAUUCUUGGCGUAUAAGACAGUUUCAAAAAUAAUGAUAGCUCAUUAUUUCCUUUUUCAUACGCCCAUUCGCUCCGAUUUCAAAUAUUCAGUCUGUAUGUGUCUUUUUUCUUCUAGUUUUACUUUCUGUUUUCAUUAUCUAUGAUUGCAAAGGAGAACACAAAUAAGCCAGACUGUUUCAAAUCAUGACGAAAAAAAAAUGCAACAUUGCGCCUAACGACGAUGGAAGAAAAGUUUCCUUUUCCAUUUUGUAUGGAUCAAUUUCAGUGCGUGCGGCUGACCUUUGCGGCAAUGGGUUCACUUUCUCGGACAAGACCUCGUACUGCUAUUCGCUUUCAAACGGCGUGAUGACGUGGCCUGAAGCCGUCAUCUACUGCACGAAUCUUGGAGGAUACCUCGCCGACAUCAGCGGCGGUCCUGAACUCGUCGAGUUCGGAAGUUGAUAGGUUUUGUCUGCAGCUGAAGAAACAUUUUUGAAGAUCUUUACGGGUCGUCGUUGAUGACGCCAUGGGUGGGCGCCUUCCUGAACACAACUUCUGGGAAAUGGCAGUUCUUGAACGGCGGAAGUGUCUUCCUGUCUUACUGGACCACGAAUGAGCCUUCCGCCUACGGAAAUAGAGCCUCUUUGCGCGGUUUGCCUAAGACUGGACUCAAAGCCACGCCGGAAUAUUCCGUUCAACCGGCACUCUGCAAAGAGAAACCUGCUCUGUGAGUGUUUCAGUCGGUUUAUCAGAACUCGACCAGUUUCCAGGUGUAAUGGAGGCAACUUCGGGGGUCUGAAUGUCGGCUCCGGCAAUAUAACCUCGCCAGGCUGGCCCGUUCAGUACUACAACAACCUAAACUGUGUCUACUACAUAACAGGUUGAAAACUUUGGUCUUUGAUAUUCACCUCAAAAUUUCGUUAGGUCCUCUGAACACCUAUAUUACCAUAUUUUUCGACCCAUAUCUGGUGGAGAACUUUGUUGACUAUGUGGAAGUCUUCAACGGCAUUUCAACCAACCCGAAAGACCGCCUCGGCUGGUUUUGUUCUCAUCGUUUUCUGGUUUUUGAGAAAUUUUCUUCGAAGGAUUGACGACAAGAACACUUGGGACGUCUCUUUUGAAGCAAAGGCAAACACGAUGACCGUCGUGUUCCACAGCGACGCGACGCAGACUGAUCGAGGUUGGGUCGCCAAAUGGAAUGCGAAGUGAGGUUCUAUGAUUUCGAUCCUCUUAACCACGUCGAUCAAGGUACAACGUACCGCCCGUUUAUUCAAAUGGUUCCUCUGGGGAACUUUCCUCUCCAAAUUAUCCGAAUGACUACGAUCCUUUUACCCAGCAGUUGUACUACAUCGACGUAUUUUCUCCGCUGAAUGUAGGACUUUUUCCUGAAUCCGCAAAGAAUCCAGUUAUCUAGGUGAACAUAACGUUCGAUGCCUUCAACACGCAACUCAAACUGGACUAUCUCGAAGUCUACAGCUCGCGGCAAUAUUCUUCUGCGAAUCUCGUCGCAAAGUUGGUUUUCUUUUUUUCUUUCCCAGAACAUUGACGCGUUUUUAGCUACACUGGAUCAACAGUUGCCCCGACGAGUCUUCUAGUUCAGAGCAGUAGCGUCACUCUUCGCUUCGUCACGGAUGGAGAAGUUCAAAGGCCUGGUUGGCACCUUUUUUGGAACGUUGUUUAA